CGGUGGUAGCGCUCGUGGCGCCGGGUGUUGCGUGGGGUUGAACGGCCAGCCCUGGCGCGCACCAAGAUGGCGUGUGUGCUGGAGACACCACUCCGCAUGAGUGUCCUGUCGGAAGUCACGGCUAGCAGUCGCCAUUAUGUUGACAGAUUAUUUGAUCCUGAUCCCCAGAAAGUCCUGCAAGGAGUCAUAGAUAUGAAAAAUGCUGUAAUUGGAAACAACAAACAAAAAGCCAACUUGAUUGUUUUGGGAGCAGUUCCAAGGUUGCUUUACUUGCUUCAGCAAGAAACCUCCAGCACAGAGUUGAAAACUGAAUGUGCAGUGGUGCUGGGAAGCCUUGCAAUGGGUACAGAAAAUAAUGUUAAAUCUCUUCUGGACUGCCAUAUCAUACCAGCCUUACUACAAGGAUUACUGUCACCAGAUCUUAAAUUUAUAGAAGCUUGCCUCAGGUGUCUUCGCACCAUUUUUACCAGCCCUGUAACUCCCGAAGAACUGUUGUACACGGAUGCUACGGUUAUUCCCCACCUCAUGGCACUGCUCAGUAGGUCUCGAUAUACUCAAGAAUACAUUUGUCAGAUCUUCUCACAUUGCUGCAAACUCCGACACUGGCAUAGCUGCGGCUUUAAAUCCUCGCCUCAGCCACUUCUAUGUGCCAAUGGUCCUGAUCAUCAGACAGUCCUAUUUAACCACGGAGCAGUGCAAAAUAUUGCUCAUCUGUUAACUUCUGCAUCUUAUAAAGUUCGAAUGCAGGCACUGAAAUGCUUCUCGGUUCUAGCCUUUGAAAAUCCCCAGGUAUCAAUGACUCUUGUAAAUGUGUUGGUUGAUGGAGAAUUAUUACCACAGAUUUUUGUGAAGAUGUUACAAAGAGACAAGCCUAUUGAAAUGCAGCUUACAUCAGCCAAAUGCCUUACUUACAUGUGCAGAGCUGGAGCAAUCCUCACUGAUGAUACCUGCAUUGUAUUAAAGACACUACCAUGUUUGGUACGGAUGUGUUGUAAAGAGAGGCUACUAGAAGAGAGAGUAGACGGAGCAGAAACUCUUGCCUAUUUGAUUGAAACAGAUGUUGAACUUCAAAGAAUUGCCAGUAUUACUGACCACCUUAUUGCAAUGCUUGCAGACUACUUCAAGUACCCCAGUUCAGUGAGUGCUAUCACUGAUAUAAAAAGGCUUGACCAUGAUUUAAAGCAUGCGCAUGAGUUGCGCCAGGCUGCAUUCAAGUUGUAUGCUGCACUUGGAGCUAAUGAUGAAGACAUACGAAAAAAGAUAAUUGAAACUGAAAAUAUCAUGGAUCGGAUUGUGAAUGGCUUGUCUGAGUCUAGCAUCAAGGUGCGCUUAGCUGCUGUCAGAUGUUUGCACAGUUUGUCUCGAUCCGUGCAGCAGCUUCGGACAAGUUUCCAAGACCAUGCUGUAUGGAAACCCUUAAUGAAGGUUUUACAGAAUGCUCCAGAUGAAAUCCUAGUGGUAGCAUCUUCAACUCUAUGCAAUCUUCUCUUAGAAUUUUCUCCAAGCAAAGAGCCUAUUCUAGAAUCGGGAGCCAUAGAUCUCCUCUGUAGUUUAACCCAGAGUGACAAUCUUGCCUUGCGAGUGAAUGGCGUUUGGGCUUUAAUGAAUAUGGCAUUUCAAGCAGAACAAAAGAUCAAGGCAGAUAUUCUACGAGGCUUGAGUACAGAGCAGCUUUUCCAAUUAUUGUCAGAUUCUGAUGUAAAUGUACUCAUGAAGACAUUGGGACUACUUAGAAACCUGUUGUCUACUCGUCCACAUAUAGAUCAGAUCAUAAGUACUCAUGGCAAACAAAUCAUGCAAGCGGUAACGCUCAUUCUGGAAGGAGAGCACAAUGUAGAAGUCAAAGAACAGACAUUAUGUAUACUUGCCAACAUAGCAGAUGGAACAACAGCAAAAGAACUAAUUAUGACAAAUGAUGAUAUCUUGCAAAAAAUUAAGUAUUACAUGAGUCAUUCGAAUGCUAAACUUCAGCUUGCUGCCAUGUUUUGCGUAUCUAAUCUUAUAUGGAAUGAAGAAGAAGGUUCCCAAGAACGUCAAGAUAAACUCAGAGAUAUCGGAAUAGUAGAUAUUCUACACAAAUUGAGUCAGUCAUCAGAUCCAAAUCUUUGUGACAAGGCAAAGACAGCACUCCAGCAGUAUCUUGCAUGAUCAAGGACAAGUUGAACUUUUGUACAACUCUCAAAGCUAUAUUAUAAGGAAUAACGGGAAAUAGCCGCACCUAAUUCCUUAUCUUUUGCACAAGGCACCUUGGGCUGCAUUUCUCUCAGGUGCAGGGAGCUGCUUGGCAGGAGCAGUUUAAGUGAUCAGGUCUCCAAUGCACUUGAGGACUUUAUUGAGGUAGUUCCUUCACUCAGAGGACUGUUCUGGGAUUUUUCCCCCCUGAACUACCUGAACUCUAACAGAACAAUCAGUCAUCUUAUUUUCCCCUUUGGGCCUACAAUUUUCUGCUUAUACUGCAGCCUAUGUACGGCUGUGUCUGGGUGGGUGUGAUACCUCAGAGCUUUGUUUUCCUCUCUCUUUGAGUUUUUUUCUACAGAUUUUCAAAGGUUAACCAUUCUUCGCUGUAUGAAAUCUUUAAAGAAUUAUAUACAAUUUGAAUUGAAAUGUUAUUUAAAAGGUUUUGUCCCAUGAAGUUUAUUUUGAACAGAUGAAUGUUUUUAAGUAAAAUAUAUGCAUUUGUUAACCUCACCUUAAUGUAUCUAUAUUUUCUCUUUCAAAACAAAAUGAGGUGAGAUAGAUAACUGGUAGCACAUGUAAUGCGACUGAAAUUAGCCUCUUACUGCCAUGUGUUGUAAGCUCCAGCUCCCUGGACUUGGGACAACAGAAUUCAGAGAGCCCGAGGUGGAGCCUUUUAAA